UUGGACUUACCACACUCGCAUCCCUCUCUGCAGUUCUGUUGCCUCUCUCUCUCCAAAACUGUCUAAGUGUCUCUCUUCCUUCAGCACUCCAUAAAGACCAGAAGGGCUCAUCUCUAACUUUACCAAAGACAGAAAGUUUGAUUUCUUUUACCUUUUCCUAACUCUCUCUCAGUGCCUCAGUCAUCACUCAGCUCUCCUUCAUCCUCUCUCGUCCUGACAACUUUCCUCUUCACUCUGACUGAAGAGUUCGAAGAAGAAACCGGAGCACGUGACAAUUUCCGGAGUUCAAUUUAUUUAUUAACUUUCUAUUUAUUUAUUUAUUUAUUCACCGUUUGAUUGCUGGUUUAUCCCUUGGAUCCGAACCAAAUAUGAAAUUGCUGCUCGACUCCUCCUCAUCCCUCCUCUUCUCGCUGCUAUUGGCUCAUCUUCCCGUGUUCACGUCUGCCACUCCAGUGCCACCCCGGCGGCCCACUGACAUGGAUAAACUGUCCAAUCAGACCAAAAAUCUAAUGAAGCUCACCCAAGAACUGCUGAGGGAGCAUGCAUUUGAUUCAGACGUGGAGCCCCACAGGUUCAGGUCUCUGCCAGAAAUGAGCAACAGAUCAGCCAAUGACCUCACCAACCUUGAGCUGAAGCCCACACUGUCUCAGCUGCACGCUGACCUGAAGCUGUACGAGCAUCACUUUGAGUGGCUCAACAGGGUUUCAAAGAAGCACCACCACCCUGCACUGCCCAAGCUAGUGGAGAUGAUCAGAGAAAUGAAAUCUCUCAGCAAUCUGCUUCACCGUCAGAUGCUGAGAGUUGAAGCACCAAGGCUGACUCAGGCGACCCCCUCCCUCCCCCCUCACCUCCCUUAUCAGUUUGAUGUCCUGCAGUCCAGCCAUGAGCUUCUUCAACACUUCAAGCUCUUCUGUGAUUGGGCAUACAGAGCAUUUCUCAUCCUUAAACCCAAAGUCUCGGCAGUCCAAUGACGGUCCAAGCUCAUUAAUUUAUUUCCCCUCUGCUACACUACUGCAGAGACAUUGAGGACACAUGGAGUUCCGCCUCGGCCAAAGGGGAAUUAGGACCAUGUCAGUGUGCACUGUAGUCAAUAGCAUCCCUUAAAAGGCCCAAACUUCAAACUACCACAUGUGUGUUGAAGAAUGUGUCACCAUAAGAGCCAAUAAGGAUAAGUUAUACUGCCGCAAGCUGCCAACACCCUCAAGAUUUCUGUUAUAGAAAGUGCCAGUUUAACUACCAUGUCAUGAUUCCCCAAACUCUCUCCUAAUGGCCUUGUCAAUUAAUUUGUUAUUUAUGUAUUUAUUUAUUUAUUAACUGUUAGUAAUUUAUUUAAUUGUAUUUAUUAAAAGUUGUAAUGUGUCACUCUUAUCUUUAUUUCUGUAUUAACGUGAAUUUUUUUUGCCCACAUCUCUGUAAUCUUUCUUUUUUGUCUUGUGUCUCACUGAUCCUCAAGAAACACACAGUAGCACUUCCUGACUUUUAUUUAAAUUAACUUAAUCUACUUUGCAUUUGUGUAUUUCUUUAGCCAAUGAUUCUUCCAGUAGAUGUAGCAUACAUAUGGGAAAGCAAAGGUUUCAAUUAUCUCACUUACAGUGCCCUUAUAGUAACAAUGUUAAGCGUGCCAUGUCUUAACGCAUCAAUUGAAAUUAAUUGUAUUUUUCUAAAAAUGUAAAAUGAUAUUGAAGUUAAGUGAAUACUUUCUGUUUUACUCUCUAUUGUUAUUGUUCGUUUCUAGCAUUCUGCAUAGGGAGGCAUAUUUGAGGUUGUGGUUGCAUUGUAUGAAUGUGCCCUGUUGCUGAGCACUGAUUGACCUGAUUAGAUCCUUUGCACAAACUUGUCAGGAUUAACUUCUUGGAUGAGUCAGAUGGCUGAUUUUGAACCUGUGCUUUGGGGAAAAAAAGUUUGUUUUUGUUAGUUAUACACCCAAAGCCUUAAAAUACUAUGUAUUGUGACACUAUGUUUUGUACAAGUGUACAUACGUGUACAAGAAUGUAAAUUGUUGUAUACAUUGCUUUUGUGUAUUUUGUUGUUUUUCUAAAAAUAUAAUGUAGAUUACUUUACCAACUUUA